AUGGCCGUGGGUCAUUGGAUCACAGCUCUUUGGGAAGAUUGGCGUACCCGUUAUUUCUUAGGCCAGGGCUUGACCAAGGAGUCUGGUGGUGGUCUUGCCCUGUUUCCUUUGAAUCUUUGUUGCAGCUCGGCACAAGUGAUGUAUGUCACCUACACUGUACAUCAUGUGAUGACGCUUUUGGCUUACCUCUAUUCCCUUUGCAGUUACCAGUUGGGUGGUGUCAUGGUGCAGGGUUUGCUAUUUGAACUGCCUGUGCUGUGGAUGCUGCGCCGGGAAAUGGGAUACAUUUCGAGGCCCAAAGCCCAGUGGCUCACAGAAGUUCGGAGGACUCAUGCACACCAUGGAGCCACAUACCUGACAUUUCUUUUGGGACGUGGACCUGCUGAAUGUCUGUGGAUAGUCUCCAUGUUGCCAACCAGCUUUGGAAAUGAGCUACUGGAAGAGAGCUUGUCACUGCAGAGCACUGUGGUGUACCACACUUUGGCGGCAUUUUUUACGUCGCUGAAUUUACGGAUUCUUGGUUUGCUCUUCUGCUGGCACGAACAAGACGUGUCACAAGCAAGGCGCUGGGAUUUGGCCGAAAUGGAGUAG